AUAUUUUGACAGUUUGGAUGGAUGAGGGCGAAAGUUUGUUGUGAUAAACACUACCUUCUUUUCAAAUCAAUUUUGUAUCGAACAUGGUCAUCUGCAAAUAUUUUUUAAAGAACUCUUGCAGCUUUGGCCCUCAAUGCAAGAACGAGCACAUAAAUGUCGCAACGGUUGUGAAGACCGAUGCUGAAGCGUCGAUAAAAGGGAAACAAUGGAUGCUGUCCUCUUACGGACCGUUCAAGGACAAACCGUCAUUGCCCAAUUUCGAGGAUCAAUCAUUCGAAGAGAUACGGUCGCUGUGUUACGAGGCGAAAAAUAAUGGCAAUCUACAGGCACUAUUACCACAGUUGAGCCAACAGGCUGCUGACGCUUCAUACAAAAUAUCGAUGCUGUGCGAUCAGAACCAUGUGAACAACAAUUUGUUGAAUAUGCUGGUCAAUUUGUACGAUACCGGAGAGUCGACGGCAAACACUCAGAGCAAUCUGGGCACCGGUAAUCCGUUUGCAGUCAGUUCGGCGGUGGGCGGAGGCCAAACGCCCAGUUUAUUCGGUACGAACACAACUCAGCAACAAAAUCCGUUCGGCGGCAGCCUAUUCGGUAACAACAAAGCACCUCCACCAAGUGGCAUAUUCGGCAGUGCAAACACAAGCAGUUCCACAACAGGCAAUUUUUUCGGACAACAAAGCACGUUCGGAAGUGGUGGACAAUCGGCUUUCGGAGGUCAGACUGCAUUCGGUGGACAAGGUGCAUUCGGUGGCACUACUACAGCCGCUAACAAUACCUUUGGAACGAGCUCAUUUGGGCAAACAGCGGCCAGUCCUUUUUCUCUGUCACAAAUUGGUCAGCCAGCAGAAGCACCGAAACCGACCAGUAGCAUAUUUGGAGCCUCUGCAUUCCAACAAACUCAAAAUUCAGUCUUUGGUGCGGCACCUGCAUUCAGCAAUCCAAUACAGCCAACAAAGCCUAGCGGUUUAUUUGGUACGGGCAGUAUGUUCGGUCAAGCAGCUACUCCUUCUGGAUUAUUCGGCCAAAGCAAUCAACCGGCCAAUCAACCAGUCAAUUCUGGAAAUUUGUUCUCAUCGUUUGGUGCAUCGGCUCAGCCGCAAACACAGUCACAAGGUCUUUUCGGUGCAGCCAAUGAAAAUAAAUCGAUUUUCGGACAAAGUACCAACAGCAAUCAGAGCGUGUUUGGGGCGAACCAACAGCAAAUCAAUCAGAACACCAGCAGUAAUCAGAGUCCGUUCGGAGCUAAUCCACAGCAAGCCAAUCAAAGUUCGAACAUUUUUGCGAAUGCUUUACAACAACAAGGCAACACACAGAAUGUUUUUGGAGUGCCACAAGAACAGCAGCCGAGUAUUUUUGGUCAAUCGAACACCGCUGCACCGAACAUUUUUCAAAAUCAGUCGAAUGCUUCUACUGGAUCGAAUAUAUUUCAAAAUCAGUCGAACGUGCCGGCAGUCGGAUCUGUAUUCGGUGGCAGUGUGUUUGGACAGCAGGCUGUGGAACAAGUGAACCACAGCGCUUACAGUAAAAUGGAAGACUUGGAACCCGAAGAUUUGCAAUGGUUUAAUGCUCCCAAUUUUGUGCUUGGAGCAAUACCGACCAUUCCACCUCCGAAAGAACUGUGUGCCAGAUAAUGACAAAAUCGUUUUCGGUACGAAAAUAAAUUCAAGGAAAUGUACAAAUUUAAGAAACCGCAUUUUCAUUAGACGAGACACAAA